GAUGGGGAGUCGCCUUCUUUUGGGAGCAAAACAAUCGGUGCUGUGUAAAUCAUGGAAUUUUAGGGCUCUGAAGCUGCAGGUCUUCUCUUCCCCAACAACGUGAUCCACUCAGCAGAUCAGUUACCCAGAGCUGCAUCCUGCAGGAGAGAGGUGAGCUGCAGUAUCGUGCUCAUAUGGGAAAAUGAUGAACAGCAGCAGCAGGAGCAGGAGAAGUGGGACCGAGGCCUCCCAUGCAGAUGCUUGGCCCGGCAGCCCGGCCCCACUCAACAUGAACCACUAUGCUAAUAAGAAGAGUGCGGCUGAGAGCAUGCUGGAUGUGGCUCUGCUGAUGGCAAACGCCUCCCAGCUGAAGGCCGUGCUGGAGCAGGGGCCGCGUCUUUCCUUCUUCACCCCCAUUGUCACCCUAAUCAGCAUCUCCCUCUGUCUGCAGGUCACAGUCGGGGUCAUGCUUAUCUUCAUAGUUCGAUGGAAUCUGAAUGAUGAACAAAAGCAUUGGAGGCUGGACACGAUGGAAAACGUGGCCACGAGCCUGGUUUUUAUCAUCGUGGUGGUCAACAUCUUCAUCGCCGCCUUUGGAGUCAACCGGCCGAACAGCAGAGACUGACCCAAGGACUCGCACACAGGUGCUUCAGCAGCUCGGCAAACCGAACCUUGGUGGGUACGCUCAGGUUCCUGAACUGCAGAGACACACAUGCUGAACCAAGUCACUGCUCAUGUGCAUCGUGUUUCUGUUCCAAUUCAACAUUAUAUGUAGAUACCUCCACCAAGGCCCUGAAGUCAGCGCCAAUUUAAUCAACGCUAUCAGUCACCUAAAAAGCCUGAUUUAUUUGUUAUCCAUCAAGAUGCAUGAGUGAAUCUCUGGGGAAAUGGUGAAAAUGUGAGUAAACGCCUAAGAGAUACAAAUUCCUGGAUUACCCCCAAUCAAUUCCAGUGUAAGGACAUGCUGACUUUGAAAACAUUUAAUGUGUGUACUGACCCUGCGGGCUUCUUUGUCACUGAGUAUCUGGGGGUAGAUUCUGUUCAGCUGCAGCACGAGUGUGUCAACAAGUUCAGUGUCCAUCCUCAGAUCUGAGCACAGGAACUUGGCAUCUCUCUGAAGCUGCUCAAGGUAGAAGUCACUGUCUGGUCAAGGAAGAUUUAAAUGACAAUGUUUAAUAAAGAGAGACAAGCAGGAGACAGUGUCAACUUUAUCCCUAAUAACUUUUAACCUGUUCUAAUCAGAGGUCUGCAGAUUUUAUGUCUGAUCGUAAGUCCUUUCUUUGUAAGCUGGGCUUGGCAUCGGCUCAGCUCUGAAAAUAAGUGACUAAGAGGUUUAUUCUCGCUUUAGGAAGGUGAAUACACUUCCUGCAAAAUCCUCCGUUUGGCCACAUUCAUUUGAAUAGAUUAAUGCUAAUGUAAAAAAAAAAUCUGGUGUCAUUACUGUUUGAGUAACAAGUCUGUAGAGUUACAGUUUGCCUAAGGACCAAAAAGAUAGAACAAUGUAAAGGGACUUUCUUUAUUGUAAUGUCUCCCUAAUUCCUUAAAGCACUUUGAAUUCCCCUGCUGCUGUGAUACAUAUAAACUGGCCAGGCCUUAAAGAU